AUGAAAUUGGCAAAAGCAUAAUGCGUCAAGGUGAAAGAAAAACACAAACUUUGUCUAUGACAACUUGACAAUCAUGGCGAGCACGUCGAGAAUUGAAGCGAAUAAAGUGGUGUGCUAUGCUCAUCCCGACGCCCCACUUAUUGAGGACUACAGGGCAGGGGACAUGAUAUGUUCGGAAUGCGGUCUUGUAGUUGGUGACAGAGUUAUAGAUGUUGGGUCAGAGUGGCGUACGUUCAGCAAUGAGAAAUCAGGCGUGGACCCUUCCCGUGUUGGUGGGCCGGAAAACCCCCUAUUGUCUGGAGGUGACCUGUCCACCAUCAUUGGGCCCGGCAGAGGUGACGCUUCAUUCGACAGCUUCGGAGUCUCCAAGUACCAGAACCGAAGGAACAUCAGCAGCACCGACAGAGCCCUCAUCAACGCCUUCAGGGAGAUAAACACAAUGGCAGACAGGAUAAACUUACCCAAAACUAUUGUAGACAGGGCUAACAAUUUGUUCAAACAGGUGCAUGAUGGCAAAAACUUGAAGGGAAGAGCGAAUGAUGCCAUCGCAUCUGCCUGUCUGUACAUAGCUUGUCGACAGGAAGGAGUGCCUCGUACUUUCAAAGAAAUCUGCGCUGUCAGCAAAAUAAGCAAGAAAGAGAUAGGCAGAUGUUUCAAGCUCAUCCUCAAGGCUCUGGAGACCUCGGUGGAUCUGAUUACAACUGCUGAUUUCAUGUCCCGGUUCUGUUCAAACCUGGGCCUGCCCAAUUCCGUACAAAAAGCAGCCACGCAUAUCGCAAGGAAAGCAGGGGAGCUGGAUAUUGUGUCUGGACGCAGCCCUAUCUCGGUCGCAGCAGCUGCUAUUUACAUGGCUUCACAGGCAUCCGAAGACAAACGCAGCCAGAAAGAGAUUGGUGACAUCGCUGGAGUAGCAGACGUGACCAUCCGGCAGUCUUACAAACUAAUGUAUCCGUUUGCUGCCAAACUGUUCCCCGAUGACUUCAAGUUCGCAACUCCCAUCGAGUUCCUCCCGCAGAUGUGAGAGAGAGAGCCGAUUAGUAAUUGUACAGACACGUUUUACAUUCUGACACAUUUCAGCAUUCUUUCGAAAGGUAACUUCACAAAUAUAUCUAGCAAGAAGGAAAACAAACUACAAUGUUAUUAACUUUGCAAGAUUAGUGUAUGAUGUUAACGCUGUGAAUAUAACAAUGAACAUGAAAAUAAUUAUUACACAGUUUACUUAACUCACUCAGUAGUUAACUCACAAAACAAAAUGAUAUAUUUUAUUACUAGGCAGUGAAUUACUGCACUAAUUGUUGUUUUCUUUUAAAUCAUUUUCUGUCAUUUAUUUUUUAUUGCACUUGAUCCGUUGGUCUCAUUCUUUUACCUGCUCUUUCAUUAUUUUAUAUUGAAAAAUAUAAAACACGAUAAUUUUUUUUAGAUUAGUAUUCUUCAUCUAAUGCAAGUUACCUUAGUAUGAAUUACUAUUAUCUUAUUUUUCUUUUUGAUGUUUUUGAGAGGUUAUUUAAAAUAUUUAAAUAAUAAAUUUUGCACUUGUAUUUCAAGAACAAAGUAAUUUUAGUACUUUGGAGAGGUCCAUAGGAUGUAAAAAUAUUUCUGAGGAUCUUUAUUUUCGGUUUAAGCUAAGCACUUAUUGUAAAGCAUUACGAUUGGCAUAACUAAAUUAUUUGUAUUACACUUUUAGGUAGCAAAAUACAUAGCAAUAAGUACAGCUAAAAAUUUGUAGUCCGUUUCAUUUACUAAGGAAGGAAAAAGAUGUCCCUAAUUAAAGAGGCAACAAACAUAAGGUUACAAUUGCGAUAUUUUUCCAUUACCAAGUUUAAGACAAGACUUAAAAUGUAAGACCAGCGUCUGGCAUACAAAUAAUGACUAAAUAAAUAAAUAAACCUUUAUCGUCACUAAACAACACUUUGCUAGUGCACUGGCUGGGCAGGCUCAAACCGUUUACCACUGUGGCAUACACAGGCCUGCAAUUUAGUUCGUCACCGUCCCUAUUGCUAUACAAAAUUUUACAUCUCAUAAAAAGUAUAAAACGUCAAAUUUAUGCCGCUUGUAUGCCAGAAGCUUAAAUCUGAAAAUAAUGUUGGGUUCCUACACAAUAAAACUACAUGUAUUCUUUAAUAAUUACAAUAAUGUUGUUGAAACACAUGUAUUACUUACGAUUCUCUAUAUUGCAUAGAUGUAAGAUUUUCUUGUGCAUCCAACCGCCGUUGGAUAUGUGAUGUAUAAAUAAUAUCUUGUUUGUUGUUAAGGUGGUAUGUAAUUUAUAAUGUUAUAAAACGAAAACCGAAAAAAAUACUUAGGAUAGCGCUAGUUAUAGAUGAAAGCAUGUUGCCAGUACUGAAAGGGUAAUGUUUGAUGGUACCAAAAUAAAAUAAUAAAACUGACUGUAAUCAAAGAUGCCUUAAACCAAUAGCUUUGUUAAAGAUGCAGCAAAUGUGACCAUAUUGCUUGUAUGUAGUCAUUGAUCUAUUUAUACUUAUAACAGUUGACUCUUAGAACUAUUCUCUGAAGGUAGUCAUAGUCAUAAAUGAUUGCAUCAUGUAUUUUUAGUGUAGUAUUUUUCAAUUAGCACAUUAUCAAGCAAUCUACAGCAUGGCAACACUAAAAUUACUGGGAACGAGUAACGUAUGUGUUGCCACUAUUAUAUUCGCGACGUUGCAACUUUUUACUAUGUAUUAAAUAUUAUAGAUCCAUGGCUAGAUAAAGCAUGUGUUGUUACAAUUUUAGUGAAAUAGAAAAGAGAUAGCAGAUAAAUAUACAAAACUUUUGUUGACUUUUCUAUCAGUUUUUGGUACAGAGUUUAAAUAUUGAGAAUAAUCUCAUAUCGCACUGGUCUCAAUUUAGGAUUAACAGUAGAAAACUAGCUUUUCUUUAAUAUAAAAUAUCCCUUAAAAUAAAUCGACCUGUAAUGUCUUUGUGUUAAUAUCGGGCUUGUGUUGCCUUUUGAAAAAAAGUCGAUUUAUUUUAUUUUUUCGGGUUACUAAAGGAGUUUUCUAUCCAACAUUUACAACGAAUGUGUGGUCAAAAAAAAAUUAUCCAGAAGAACAAAACGAUCGAUCACACUUUUUUUUUUCACAAAUGAUACAAAAGAAAAUGUGUUGGCACCUUAAAAAUUCAAUUAACUUCUACAUGACCGGGCAUUUUAUCGUGUGGUUCGACAAAGUGGAAAACGACAACGUUCUUGUAACGCACAUAUUUUGUGUUGUUCAAAGAUUGCUUUGUUAAUUGAAGUCUAUUAUCCACCCACGCACGAUCUGGUUUUUACGCGUAUCGGACCUCACAUAACUUUAUUUCGUACAUUAUCUACAAAAGUAAAGUUCAUUAUUAGGUAUAAUGUUUGUUUAGAAAUCUCCUACCGCUAGAAAACGACUAAAGCAUUUCUAUUACGUGCUUUACAUAACAGACUGUACUCUGUAUUAAUGUGUUACUGUGGAUGUGUAUUGUAAUUAGGUUUAAUUUAGUUGUAUGAAUAACGCCACAAAAUAAAUAAAUUUAUAUUUAAGUGAA